UUUUUCACAUAAACAGACGCUAGUACAUAAAAACAAGAGAGCAAAACAAAGAAAAAAGCAGUUACAAAAUACGAAGAGACAAUAUGGGAAGAGAACUCACAAUAGCCAUUCUAGCCAUAGCAGUGGUUGGUCUGCUUCACUCCACUGCAGCACAGAAAACCCAUGUCGUUGGAGAACUUCUCGGGUGGCUGGUUCCUCCCGGCGGUAACUACACUUAUGAAACCUGGGCAGCUACGCAGCAUUUCGCCGUUGGUGACCUUCUUGUGUUCAACUUUACCGACGGUGACCAGGAUGUAGCGAGGGUCACAAGGGAAGCUUUCAACAAGUGCAACUCGACAGACCCCAUCAAACUUAUAACAACCAGUCCGGCCAACUUCACUUUGGACACCACUGGAGAGUACUAUUUCAUUGGCACCAAGGACAAGCACUGCGAGUUGGGACAAAAGCUGGCCAUUAACGUGACUGCGGAACAUGUAUCACCUGCUCCAAGCCCUGCACCCAGAUCAGGACCAGUGACUUACGUCGUUGGUGAUAAAUUGGGUUGGCUUGUCCUACCAGGCGGUGAAUAUGCUUAUGAAGCUUGGGCCUAUGGCAAGACUUUCAUUGUCGGAGACACUCUAGUUUUCAACUUUGUCAAUGGGACACAAGACGAUGUGGCUACGGUGACCAAGUCAGCUUACGAAAACUGCACCACCAACAGCACUAUCGCCGUUUACAAAAAUAGUCCAGUGAGUAUCCUUCUCAACACCACCGGUGAGCAUUUCUUCAUAUCCACCUACGAUCGGCGCUGCUUAUUAGGCCAAAAGCUAGCCAUUAACGUGACAUCCGGGAGCACAGCCCAACCACCAUCGUCUGACUCACCAUCCGGUUCCAUAGCACCUUCCUCGCAUAGUACUCCCUACGCUAGUGGGCCAGGCGCUGCUUCUCCUCCAUUCAGCUCAGCCCCGUCCAGGAUUGGUGGCGGCUACACCUUCUUGCUCAUUGCCGUGGCAGCUUUCUUCUAUUGAUCAUUAGUCACCAGCUAGCUCAUAUGUUGAUUUUUAUAAUUCCCUUGGAAUAUGUUCCAUACAUUUGCAGUACAUACCAUGAGGCUGUAUUUAUUUUAUUUAAUUUAUAGUUAUGAUUUUGCUUUUGUAUUCACCUUUACCAAUUCGUAAUAAACCUGGCUCUAUCUGUAUGUACGUUCCUUUACUUUGGUUAAUACAAAUAAGUGCAGCCAAUUGCCUA